AUGGUCAGCGUAUGGAGCGAUUUUACACAGCAACCGAUCCUUGCCAUCAAGUCAGGCUCAUGCACCAGUGUCAUUGCCGAUUCGACAUGUCGUCUUCAACAAUGCUGCAACUUUGAGUUAGCCUUGAAGGAUGCUGCUUGGAUGCGACAACUGGUUCCUUCUUCGGUAGCUGUAUAUUUGUGUGCUGGUCACGUGUAUUCACUUCAAGGACGACAAAAGGCGGCGGUUGAGAUCUAUGAUCAAGGGCUGGCUGUUCAAAAGGAUCAUUUCAUCAAUGAACUCCCUUUGGAUAUCACUAUGAAUAUCGCACCAUGGAUCUUGUCUCAGGGAGAGAUGGCACCAAGUGAAAUCCGAGAAUAUCUUGACGUGUCACGUGUAUGGCGAGAGAAGCUCUUAUCCUGUGUUCGAGAAUUGCAUGUAUUCAGCACGGCUAAAGACGACCUUGGCAGCAAUGAUGAUUUGCUGACAAGGUUUCCUUCGUUACAAACAUUAAUCGCAAAAGAUCCUGGUUAUAAUUACGAGAUGAUUGGAAGAACCAUUGAUGCACUUACAACGUUGGGAUCUACUUUGACACACCUGGAAGUCCAAUCAUAUGCAUACCGUGGUUGUCUUGGUCAGAUUCUCAGUAGCUGCCCAAACCUCGUACAUUUGACGAUACGCAAUGUGGACAUUAGAAUGGAUACCGCACCUGAAUGCCAUACCAAUCUCAAAAGGUUGCUCUUUUCGCACUUUGAUGACGAAUUGGAUAUCCAUGAUAUGACUAAACGAUUACCUGGGUUGGAAGUUUUUGCGGCAAAUCCUGUUUAUGACUUCAAAGAUGUGAAGAUCCUCCAAGACAAUUGCCCAAAUCUCAAAGUUGUUAUAUGCAAUGAUGAUGAUGACUCCUAUUUCUAUCUUCCCACGGCUACUACGACUACAAGCGACCAUGGUGACGGUGAUCGUGUCGGUGUGCAUACAUUCUACGUUGACUGCGAUGAGGCGAAUGAUUUCUUUGUGGAUCUCGAAGACCUGGUGGAUUUCAUGAGACGCAACAGCCACACCUUACAACAUGUCUACUUUUACAUUCCAGUGCCUAGGGGCCGCAUGAGACAUGACGAUAACGACAACGAUACAUAUGACACAUCAAUUCUUGCUCAUGCAAUUCAGGGUGCUGGUGACCCCCUUUUCACCAAAAUGACAACUUACACGCAAUAUCUAAUCGAUCCUAAGGAUAUGCUCAUGGCAAGGUGGGUGGCACGAGGAUCGCCCCAUCUAACAAAAAUGGAGAUCAGCAUGGAUGACACUGAGGUGGACACGAGUGUAUUAUUUGAUGACCUUGUUGGUCGUUGCGAACUUGAGUCUCUCACAUUCGGGUUGAAUGGAAAUCCUACCACCAUGGAUAUGGGAGGCAUUGAGCGAUUUAUUCACUACCAUGGCAGCAUUGAUUCCUUAUUGCACACACUAUCACUUCCCAAGCACAUACGACUUUCCAAUGAUGCAUUGGAUGCAUUGACAACAUUGCCACGACUUGCGACUUUGAGUAUCAGUUGGCCUUUGAUGAAGGAGGCGGAUAAUACCAAGAGUGAGCAUGUAAGGUGUUUCGGAUUUAUCGGCAAGUUGGAUCAAUUGCAGCAUUUACAUAUAUGGAGUGAUGACCUUAUUCUUGACGACGUCUUUUUACAACUAUCCAAGCUAAACAUCACCUCACUUGAAUUGGACAUUCCAAGGUUCCUCGAAUCCUCCAAGCCAAUGGCUUUGUUGAGUCUGCUGCAAUGCCCAAAUUUACGAGUGCUAUUCCUUCGUCCUUUUUACCGCCUAAACGACCCACUCCUUGAGGAUAUUAGAAGCAUGCUAGGAAGCAAAAUAAGAAUCAUACCAGGCGUUUGA